GCGGGGCCCGGGCCACCGCCCGCCGGGGCCCGAUGGCCUCGGAGGACCUGGCGGGGGCGCUGGCGGCCGUGCUGGAGGGCCGGGGGCUGCGCGUGCACAGCUGUGACUCGGGGCCGGCCGGGCAGCCGCGAGCGCGGCUGCGGACCAACGUCUCCUACGUGGUGCUGGCCGUGUUCCUCAACGAGCAGGACGAGGUGCUCCUGAUCCAGGAGGCCAAGAGAGAGUGCCGGGGGUCCUGGUACCUGCCCGCGGGGAGGAUGGAGCCCGGGGAGAGCAUCGUGGAGGCCCUGCAGCGGGAGGUGAAGGAGGAGGCGGGGCUGCAGUGCGAGCCCGAGACCCUGCUUACCGUGGAGGAGCGAGGCCCCUCCUGGAUCCGUUUUGUGUUCCUGGCUCGUCCCACAGGUGGGACACUGAAAACCUCGCAGGAGGCCGAUGCGGAGUCCCUGCAGGCUGGCUGGUACCCACGCAGCUCCCUGGCAACCCCACUGCGAGCCCAUGACAUCCUGCACCUGAUAGAGCUGGCCGCCCAGUACCGCCAGCAGGCCAGGCACCCUCCCGUUCUGCCCCAGGAGCUGCCCUGCAGCGUGGUGUGCCAGCGGCUCGUGGCCACCUUCACCGGUGCCCAAACGGUGUGGGUGCUGGUGGGCACGGUAGGGACACCUCACUUGCCCGUCACAGCCUGUGACUUUGCCCCUAUGGAGCAGAGGGGCGGCCUGAAGGUGGCCGUGCUGCGGCUGCUCCAGGAGUGCCUGACCCUGCACAGUUUGGCCGUGGAGACCAAGGGGCUGCUGGGGUUGCAGCACCUGGGCAAGGACCACACCGACGGCAUCUGCCUGAACGUGCUGCUGGCGGUGGCUUUUCGCAACCCGGGCACCCAGGAGGAGCCCCCGAAGAUUCGGGGUGAGAACUACGCGUGGUGGAAGGUGGGGGAUGUGGGCCUGCAGGACCAGCUCCUCCGGAGGUUGCUGGACUGCUCUACUGUCCCACUGAACAGAUAGGCGCUCUCCCCGAGGGACGCGGAAGCCAGCAAUCUGGGCUCGUGCUGCAUCGGCAGCAGAGGCCUGCGGGGAGCAGGCCACCACACUGCAUCAGAAGGGACAGUGCCUUCACCCAGGCAAAGGGUCCAGAGGUCCAGGGCCCUGCCGCCAAGGGCACACGGCUGCGUCUCCCCCCGGCUUGGGGAGGGGGACGCGGGAGCAUCCUGUGUGCACCCCCAAGAAGGCCCCGCCCUGGCCUCUGCAGGCACUUGGGGCUCAGAGGGGACCAGGAGGGUGUCCCUUGCUAAGUAAACAGGUGUUGCCACCUGCCUUUCCUGCCCGAAUGUCUGUGUGGGGAGGACACGAGGGGGCUGCUGCUGUGUGGCCCCCAGCCCACCAGUGGCCGCCGCCCAGGCCUUUCCCUGACAGUGUGCUGGCACUGGCACCAGGCAGGACGUCACUGAGGGGACCACAGCCCCAAGGGAGGCUCAGCUAUUACUCUGCGGGGUGGAGCAGUGGGCACCUGCAGAGAGCUGCUGGUGGGACAGGAGCUGUGAGUGAUGUCCCCGUCUCUGCCCAGCUCCAUUCUCCUGGACCACCCUGGACCGGAUCCUCCACCGCCUCACCUUUUCACAACUCCAGUCCAAGCCAGAAACCCUUUUCUCCACUGCCCCUCAGCCAGGGGACCCAUGGUGGGAUUUCUUUCAGUUUUGCAAAAAAAACACAAGGGAAAAACCCGCAGGGGACAAAAUGUGCCACUCGCUGUGUUCAGGCCUGUGUCCAGCCACGCUGGGGAGGCCGGGCUGAAUGGAGACCCCCCAAGCGCCCAAGCACAAAGUCUGUUAGAUCAUCACAGCUCCGACAGGCAUCACCACGCACAUCAACACGUGCAGUGCUCGCAGACACCGGG